AUGUCAUUCUUUAGAAGUAUUUUCAGGAGUGUUAGUCACCAAAAUUCAUUGGCUGGAGCCUAUGAUGAGGAACCAACAGUAACAGUGUCCGGUAAUGUUCAUGUUCAACCAAGUGUCACAGUGUCAGGAAAUGUUCAUACCACUGUUCAACCAACAAUGACAGUGUCUGCCUCAACCAAUAAUGGAUAUUCUACAGUGAGUACUCAACCAAGUGUUGGAUUGAGUGUAGGAGUUAGUGCACAACCAACUGUACAUGUUCAGCCAACUGUAGGAAUGACUGUUUCUAAUGGAUAUUCUACAAUGAAUGCUCAACCAACUAUUGGAAUGACAAUGAAUACCACAACUUAUGAAUCAAAUUAUAAUACUGUCACUAUGCAACCUACCGUUGACAUGUCAAUUGGUGUGCAACCAACUGUUGGAGUAAAUAUGAAUAUGGGUAUGCCAGGAGUUGGAAUUGGUUUCAACAUGGGAAUGCCAAAUAUGACUGUUUCUACACAUACCACUUCCACAUCAACAUAUACACCUCCUCCACAAAAUAAUUAUACACCUCCACCUGUCACUAAUUAUUCAUCUGGUGGUUUGGCUCAAAAAAUUAUUGCAGCUUGUAAGAAUUCAACUUUCGAUUCAGAUAAGGUCAAGGCAGUUGUUUCGUAUUCAUCUGCCGAAUGUAGUCCAAUUAUGGCCAUGGAUUUAGUGACAAUUCUUAAAUUAUUUGAUUUUGCCAAUGAUCAAGUCAAGGUAAUUAACCAAUUGAAGUCAACAAAUAAUAUUGCACAAAUGUCAUGUAAUGACGCUGUUUCAAUUUUGAACGUUUUGGAUAUGGACAAUGAUAAGAUUAAGGUUUUGGAUGUUAUUUGUUCUCAAAUUUAUGAUAGAAGACAAUCUGCUGAAACAAUUGUUGGAACAUUUUCCUUCUCUAAUGAUCAAGAUAAGGCAAGAAAAAUGUUACUCAGAUAA